UACAGGUAUUGAGGUUUCAUAACCAUAUCUGUUGCCAUAAUUAUUACAUUACAACCUUCAUCUUUCUUGGUUUAGUUCAUUUGAUUAAGGUGUUAAUCAUUCAGCUCAAAUCAUGGAUCUUGAUCAUUUGAAAAUUCCUAUCGACGAUGAUCCAAGCUGGAAAGAGAGAUGCAACAAGAGGAUGGAGGAACUGAAGAACACACAAUUCUCAAGUCAAGAUGCAGCUUCACAACAGGAACUGCUGCAUAAGGAACUUGUGGGAGAGAAAAUUGUUCUAAUUCCUGAGUUGUAUAAAGCUGUUGAGGAAGGAAAUGUGAACAAGUUUCUUGAUGUGUUGGAGCAAGAAUGUAAACAAAGGAAAUUGAAUUUGUCUGUUAUCUUUGAACAAGUCACUGAGACAGGAGAUUCAUUGCUUCAUGUGGCAGCAGAUAAGGGGAAAGAAAAGAUUGUAGAGUUGAUUUGUUGUCACUUUCCUGAGCUUCUUAUUAGGAGAAAUGUAAGAGGUGGCACUCCACUUCAUGUUGCUGUGAGGUCCAAGAACUCUACUAUGGUCAACCUCAUUCUCUCCCAAUAUGCAUCAAUGAAGUCAACACAUGAUGUGAUGAAAGACAAAGAGAUAACAAGAGAGAAAGAUGAACUUGGGGAUACUCCUUUGCAUGAGGCUGUCAAUAAUGGAGAUCUAAGUGUGCUUCAAGUCAUUUUACAUAGAGAUAAGGAUAUGGUCCAUGAAUUGAACAAGUCUAGGCGUUCACCACUGUUUUUGGCAGCUGCGAGUGGCAAUGUGGCAAUCGUGAAUCUUCUAUUGGAUAUUCCAUUCUCUGCAGAUCAGAAGCUUCCACUGUGCUUUGGAAACUCUCCCCUCCAUGCAGCUAUACUGAAACGGAAUCCUGAACUAAUAAAAACCAUAUUAAAGAAACGACCAGAGCUACUUUAUUUAAGAGCUGAAGAUGGAAGUACUUCUCUUCAUUAUGCAGCUUACAUUGGUUAUGUUGAAGGAUUUCGUACUCUAUUGAAAAAUUCAUUCAGCUUGGAAGGGAAUAAGAAGGGACAUCUUCCUAUUCACCUUGCUUGCAAAAGGGGUCAUCUUGAGGUGGUUAAAGAAUUCCUUCAAAACGAAUGGCCUAUUAAUCCUCGUGUUCUUAAUAAAAAAGGCCAGAAUAUUCUUCACGUUGCUGCGAAGAAUGGAAGAAGUAAUGUAGUACAAUAUCUAUUGAAAAAUCCGAAGAUCGAUCAAUUUACUAUAAAUCAGAAAGAUAAUGAUGGAAACACACCACUGCAUUUGGCUUCAAUAAACUUAUUUCCUAAAGUUAUGUACUUUAUUACGCGAGAAAAUAGAACAAAUGUGAAUCUCUCGAAUAGCAGCGGUUUAACAGCCAGAGAUAUCGUUUGUUUGGAACUGAAAAAUCAAAUGACGAUUCGCAAGUUUCUAGCAAAUCGAGUAUUAAAAGAAGCUGGUGUUCCCGUGAAGGUAAAUAAUAUGUUGCGUUCUCAACACCAGCAAGUGUCCAAAACAAAUUCAAGUUUAAAAGAUCUCAUCAACACAUUUUUAGUUGUGGCCACAUUGAUGGUCACUGUGACAUUUGCAGCGGCUUUCACUGUGCCAGGAGGUGUAUACAGUUCCGAUGACACAAACCCUAAAAAUAGAGGGAUGGCAGUUUUAGCUCAUAAACGAUUCUUUUGGGUAUUCACCACCUUCAACAUGACAGCUAUGUAUAGCUCUGUACUUGCAUGUGGACUUAUGUUGAUGGCAUUGAUUUUUGAUCAUAAAUUGGCAACACGAACAACUAUCCUUGCAAUGAGUUGUUUGAUUCUUGCCUUUGUAACGGUGCCGGUGGCGUUUAUGGCGGCUGUGCGUCUAGUUGUGGCCAACAACUCUGCACUUUCCCUUCUUAUAACUGUCAUUGGAGCCACAUACACUUUUCUCAUCGUGAGUCUACUUUUUGGAUUUUUUCCGGUUGGAAAUCGCCUUUUUCUAUUUCGUCAAGUUGGUAGACUCGUUCUUCGGAUUUUAAUUGCAUUAAUAGAUUAUGAUGAUAAACCCGUAGAUUCAUCUUCUCAGAAAGUGAACAAGGACAAGAAUGAAUAAUUGGAGGAGCAUUUAUAGUGUUUAUUAUAUUGCUUUUCCUACGACAAUAUAUGAGAAUGGAGGUGACAAUUAAAAUUUCAUAUAUAUUUGUUGUUGUUGAGUAA